UUGAAUAAAAGAAAAAAUUGAUUUUUUUGUUAUUAAAAUCGGAGCUGAAGCAGUCCUACGUAUUUUUUUGCGCACAGUCCAACGAGUUGAAUUCGCAAGCACAGUGACGCACAGCCCAAAAUUCUAAUAAGAAAAAUGCAAUUACACCAAACGGAGUCCAUUCGAUAAGCAUUCGAUUCGUAAAGAAAACUUCAAAUUGGAUUUUUUUUUCAUGUAUACAGGGCUCGACCACAUCGGAGCACAAAUAGAAUUACUUUAAGUGAAGUCAAUCAACAAUUGAAAUUAAUUUUUAACACACAUUUUUUGCUGUCUUGCGUAAAUGUCUGAUACAUUAUAAAAUGGCAAAGGUCAGUAAUUGGGAAAAAUUUAGAUUAUUAUUGUGGAAAAAUUGGAUUUUGCAAUGGAACAACAAAUGGCAACUCGUAAUAGAGCUAUUAUUGCCGGCGAUUUUCUCACUUCUGCUGGUGUUGGUGCGAACACUUGUAGUGGCCGAAUCUAAGCCAGUGACUGAAUAUCCAUCGCUGAAUAUAUCCAAUCUUGACUUUUUCAAAAAAUCUAUAGCUCAUGCUAGAAUGGUGCAAGCUAUGAUGAAAGCAUUCAAAUCAAGAGAUUCGGUUGGAUUGCAAAGUAGUAUAAAGUACCCAGCGAUGGAACUGCAUUACUCGCCUACAAAUCCAUUACUGGAUAAAAUAGUAAAGUCUGCAACUGAGACUUUAAAGUUGGUCUCCUAUAAAGGACAUCCCAACUCAUCAGUAUUGGGAAUUGAACUAUCGAAAUAUAAUUAUUUUGCUGGUGUACAAUUCGAUGACGCUUGGGCCAACAUUGAAACGUAUCCAACAAACUUUUCCUAUUCCUUACGCUUUCCCAGUGAACUACGUACUUCCACUUUCAACAUCGCCCUAACUUGGCUAACGAUGAUACUCUUUCCGUUAUUCGAUUUGACUGGCCCACGUAACCCAAAUGCUUCUGACGGUGGCAUACCAGUAGGUUAUUUGCGGGAAGGUUUCAUUCCGGUACAAAAUUCUAUUUCCAUGGCGUAUAUGAAGUAUGCUAGCGGUAAUGAUAAUUUACCUGAUGUUGUUAUGCAACGUUAUCCGUAUCCAGAGUAUAUUUUCGAUCCUUUACUCGAAGGUCUUGCAUCGAUAAUGUCAUUGAUUAUAUUAUUGAGUUUUAUUUAUCCUUGUACUUAUAUAACAAAAUAUAUAACAAAUGAAAAGGAAAAACAACUGAAGGAAGUUAUGAAAAUAAUGGGUCUUAAUAACUGGAUACAUUGGACAGCUUGGUUUGUUAAAUCAUUCUUGAUGUUGGGAAUUUCAGCGCUUUUAAUUACAAUUUUAAUUAAAAUUAAAUGGACUGAUGGUGUGGCAGUGCUCACCUAUUCCAGUUGGUCGGCGUUAUUUGUUUUCCUACUUGUUUACGUGAUUGCCAGUAUUUGCUUUUGUUUCAUGAUGGCCACAUUCUUUUCAAAGGCUAGCACUGCAGCCGCGGUUACUGGUCUCGUUUGGUUCAUUGCUUAUUUGCCUUUCUCAUUUACUUAUAACACUUAUCAAGACUUAAGUUUGGCUGAUAAGUUGGGUUGGAGUUUAGUAUCGAACACUGCUAUGGCUUUUGGCUUCAAAGUUAUACUUGCACUUGAAGGCACCGGCGAAGGCUUGCAAUGGAGUAAUUUAUUUAAACCUGUAUCUGUUGAUGAUAGCUUAUCACUUGGCUUAAUAAUGACAAUGUUACUACUUUCUUGUAUUAUUUAUAUGACAAUUUGCUUAUAUAUAGAACAAAUAUUUCCGGGUGAUUUUGGUGUGCCCAAAAAGUGGAACUUUCCGUUUACUGCGAAGUUUUGGUGUGGAGAAAGUGAAUAUAUUGGUGUAGAAGAUAUACCAAAUAGUGAUAUAAUACGUAAAAAUCCGGAUGCUUUUGAGGCGGAGCCAACUGGCAAAUAUAUAGGCUUGCAAGUUAAGAAUCUUAAGAAAAAGUAUGGUGAUAAAAUGGUUGUUAAAGGACUUUCUGUUAACAUGUAUGAAGAUGAAAUUACAGUGCUAUUGGGUCAUAAUGGUGCUGGUAAAACAACUACAAUUUCAAUGCUCACAGGCAUGUUUCCACCAACAGCAGGAACUGCUAUCGUUAAUGGUAGUGAUAUACGCACAAAUAUAGAUGGUGCACGUAUGUCGUUAGGCAUUUGCCCACAACAUAAUGUACUUUUUGACGAUCUCAGUGUAGCUAACCAUAUUGUGUUCUUUAGUCGAUUAAAGGGACUCAAAGGUGAAGCAAUAAAAAAAGAAGUGGAUAAAUAUUUGAGAAUGAUUGAAUUGGAAGAUAAAGCAAAUGUGGCAUCAUCUAAAUUAUCUGGUGGUAUGAAACGAAAGUUGUCAGUUUGUUGUGCUUUAUGUGGAGAUACUAAAGUAGUACUUUGUGAUGAACCCAGUUCGGGUAUGGAUCCAUCUGCUAGACGGCAGUUGUGGGAUCUAUUGCAAGCUGAAAAAAUGGGACGUACCAUUUUGUUGACAACACAUUUUAUGGAUGAAGCCGAUAUUUUGGGUGACCGUAUAGCAAUUAUGUGUGAUGGUGAAUUAAAAUGUCACGGCACAUCAUUUUUCUUGAAGAAAAAAUAUGGCUCUGGUUAUCACUUGAUUUGUGUAAAACGUGAAAACUGCAAUUCAAUUGAAGUCACCGAGUUACUUAAUGGUUUUAUACCCGGUUUGCAACCGGAGAGCGAUAUUGGAGCAGAACUUUCCUAUCAACUGCCUGAUAAUUACUCAACGGUAUUUGAAGAAAUGUUCAGAGCUUUGGAAAACAAUUCUGAAAAUUUAAAUUUGAAUGGCUAUGGAGUUGGUAUUACUUCAAUGGAAGAAGUUUUUAUGAAAGUUGGCGCUGAGAACAGUGGUGAUGGAAAACGUAAAUUGCAUAGUGCUAUAAUGAAUGGAGGAAGUGGUUAUGCAGAUGAAGAUAUUGAAUCAAUGCACUCUGAUAAAAUUUUUGAUGAGAAUACACGCCUAUUACAAGGAACUGAUCUAGUGGUAAAUCAGUGGCAUGCUAUGUUUUUGAAAAAAAUUCUUUAUACGUACAGAAAUAAGUUACUCUUGGCUAUACAAAAUAUCAUGCCAAUAUUUUUCGUUGUUGUGACUAUACUCAUAAGUCGCACACAGGGUACAUUUAAUGAAUUACGUCCUAUAACAUUGAAUUUGAUGCAAUAUCCGACAGCAGUUUCUGUACUCGAAACUGCGCCUGAUGUUGAAGAAAACUCUUUUGAGUCACAAGUAGCCGCUGCUUAUAAAGUAUUAGCAACUUCAUAUGGUCGCAAUUAUGAAUUCGAAUCAACAGGUUCAAAAUCAUUUACAAACUAUAUGCUAGAAUUGGGGAAGACAUUACAAGUACGAAUUAAUUCACGUUACUUAGCCGGUGCCACGAUUUCAAAAAGCAAUUUUACUGCAUGGCUUAACAAUCAACCAUUGCAUACGGCUCCAUUGACUGUUAAUAUGGUACACAAUGCUAUGGCUAAAGUACUUUUGGGAAAUACUACUUCAAUUUCUGUUUCUAAUGCUCCUCUACCCUACACUACUGAAACCCUUUUGAGUCAGUUGAAUAUUGGUAACAAUUUGGGUACACAAUUGGCUACAAACUUAUGUUUCUGUAUGAGCUUUGUUAGUGCUUUCUAUAUACUUUUUUUGAUCAAAGAACGAGAAUCCCGUUCAAAACUAUUACAAUUCGUUGGUGGAGUUAAGGUUUUGACUUUUUGGUUAACACAAUUUCUUUGGGACAUGCUAACUUAUACAUUUACUGCCUUGGUUCUAGUCAUUACAUUAGCCUGCUUCCAAGAAAAUGGCUUUUCCACAUUUGGUGAAUUAGCGCGAUACUUUUUAUUGCUCUUGAUAUUUGGAUUUUCUGUGCUUCCUUUUACAUAUAUAAUUUCAUUCUUCUUUACGGAACCUGCCACUGGUUUUGCACGUAUAUCUAUUAUAAAUAUUUUUGCUGGUAUGGCGUUAUUUAUUGUCAUUAUGGUAAUGUCCUUUGAUUUCUUCGACACUAAGGAUACUGCUAAUAUGCUGCAAUGGUUCUUUAGAGCAUUCCCACAUUUCUCAUUGGCAAUGGGUUUGAAUAAAAUUUAUGUUAACGUAGCUACACGUAAUGCUUGCAGUAGUCAAAUUAUAGCAAUAUUGCCGGAUGCUUUGCGUUGCCAAAUGAUGCCCAAAUGUUGUAAUACAACACCAUACUUUGAUUGGAAAGAGCCUGGCAUAUUACCUGAAACAAUUUAUAUGAUUACAGUUUCUGUUGUACUAUUCUUAGUAAUUAUAAUACGUGAAUAUGGUGUGAUAAGUGAACUUAUGUAUAAUAUACGCAAACGCGCCUUUAAACCUCCUCCACCACCAGAAGAUGGGUACCUUGAUGAAGAUGUUGAUAAUGAACGUCAACGUAUACUGGCAUUGCGAAGUGAAGAAUUGGUUGAACAGAAUUUAGUUCUAGAUCGUGUUACAAAGUAUUAUGGCAAAUUUUUAGCUGUAAAUCAAAUUUCUCUAUGUGUAAAACAAACUGAAUGCUUUGGUUUGCUUGGCGUAAAUGGUGCUGGUAAAACGACUACUUUUAAAAUGAUGACUGGUGAUGAGCGCAUCACAUCCGGUUCGGCAUAUGUUAAAGGAAUGAGUUUGGAAAGCGACAUGAACAAUAUAUACAAAGAAAUCGGAUACUGUCCUCAGUUUGAUGCGUUGUUAGAGGAUCUUACUGGACGCGAAACGUUAAAAAUAUUUUGCCUACUACGCGGAGUGCAACGAAAUCGAAUUACGCAUAUAUCUGAAGAGUUGGCUAAAUCAUUUGGUUUUAUGAAACAUAUUGAUAAAGAAACAAAAGCUUAUAGUGGUGGCAAUAAACGUAAAUUGAGUACAGCUAUUGCUGUUAUUGGACGACCAGCAGUUAUAUAUCUUGAUGAACCUACAACUGGUAUGGAUCCUGCUGCUAGACGUCAGUUAUGGAAUAUGGUUUGUCGUAUACGUGAUUCUGGCAAGUCAAUUAUAUUAACUUCACAUAGUAUGGAAGAAUGUGAGGCUUUAUGUACACGUUUGGCAAUAAUGGUAAAUGGUGAAUUUAAAUGUAUUGGAUCAACACAACAUUUGAAGAAUAAAUUCUCUAAAGGCUUGAUUUUAAAAAUUAAAGUAAAACGUAACACGGAACUCAUAAAACGCGCCUCUAGAAAUAGCAAAAAUUAUGAUGAUGAGCGGUCAGUUCCAACACAAGUAUUACAGCAAGAGAUAGCUAAUGUCAAAGAAUUUGUGGAACGAGAAUUUCCUCAAGCAAUAUUGCAGGAGGAAUAUCAGGGUAUACUCACAUUCUACAUUCCACUUUUUAGCAUUAAAUGGUCGCAAAUUUUUGGUCUGAUGGAACGCAAUCGUGAAGAACUCAAUGUUGAAGAUUAUUCAAUUAGUCAAACGACUUUAGAGGAAAUAUUUUUAGAGUUUGCAAAAUACCAACGAGAAGAUCCAAGGGCCAUAAACACAAAAAAGGGAUACCUUUCAUGUUCCUGCUAUGGUUAAUUGAAUUUUGGGUCGUAACUAUUAUACCUAUUACUCAGUGAUAAAUAAUGCAAGUACAAUCCUUUACAAAAGGACUUAAUAUAUAGAAGUUUUGAAUGAACAGGAAAGAUACUACAUAAUUUUAAAGCUUUAAUAUGCUGAUCCUACCUAUUAUGAAGCCUUAACUCUAAGCAUAGAUAGUAUUUUUUUAUUUUACAAUUUUAUUGAAGUAUUUUUAAAUGUCGCA